CUGGGUCUUCACGAAGCGAGCAUGUAGAUCAGAUGAGAUCGGGACGCGCUCAGGAUCGCUGCACGAGUGAAUGAUCUCGCGUGAUCGCAAUGCAUCGCUGCUGUAGCGGGUGCAUGCACAUCAAAGCCCUGGACAUGGCAGAGCUGAUGCGUGUAUGAGCCGAGCACUGCUGCGCACUUCCAGGAUCGAUCGAUCGAUGAAGAUCUAAUCAUGUCAAGCGGACAGGACGAGAGCACAGUGCGCGUGGCGCUCAGGAUUCGUCCUCAGCUGGCAAAGGAGAAGAUUGAAGGAUGUCACAUCUGCACAUUUGUGACCCCUGGCGAACCCCAGGUGGUUCUGGGAAAGGACAAGGCCUUCACGUAUGACUAUGUGUUUGACAUGGACUCGACGCAGGACACCAUCUAUGCCAACUGCACUGAGAAACUCAUCGAAGGGUGUUUUGAGGGUUAUAAUGCCACUAUUUUUGCCUACGGACAGACAGGGUCGGGGAAGACGUAUACGAUGGGCACGGGCUUUGACGUGGCCAUACUAGACGAGGAGCUGGGCAUCAUCCCGCGGGCGGUCAGUCACCUCUUUAAAGGCAUGGAGCAGAGACGCCAGGCGGCCGCAGAUCAGGGUCGACCCGUCCCAGAGUUCAAGAUCAGCGCACAGUUUCUGGAGUUGUAUAAUGAGGAGGUGUUGGAUCUUUUCGACACCACACGUGACAUGGAGAUGAGGAAGCAGAAAUCUCACAUUAAAAUCCACGAGGACGCCAGCGGCAGCAUCUACACUGUUGGCGUGACAACACGCACAGUCUCCUCAGAGGCAGAAAUGAUGCAGUGUCUGAAGCUGGGUGCUCUCUCCCGCACCACUGCUAGCACUCAGAUGAAUGUACAGAGCUCUCGAUCUCACGCCAUCUUCACCAUUCACAUCUGCCAAGUGCGUGUUUGUGCACCCGCAGAAACCCCCCCAGAGCAGGACAGUGAAACAGACAAUCGCCUGGCCAACAGCUCGUCUGAGAUGGAAGAGUUUGAAACACUCACAGCCAAGUUUCACUUCGUGGAUCUGGCUGGAUCAGAGAGGCUCAAGAGGACGGGGGCCACAGGGGACCGAGCCAAAGAGGGCAUCUCUAUUAACUGUGGAUUGCUGGCAUUAGGGAAUGUCAUCAGUGCUUUAGGAGACAGAAGCAAACGAUCAACGCAUGUGCCUUACCGAGACUCCAAACUCACUCGCCUUCUGCAGGAUUCACUGGGGGGAAACAGUCGAACAGUGAUGAUCGCUUGCAUCAGCCCAUCAGAUCAGGACUUCAUGGAAACCCUGAACACACUGAAGUACGCUAACAGAGCUCGCAACAUCAAGAACAGGGUGAUGGUGAACCAAGACAAGGCCAGCCAGCAGAUCAGUGCACUCAGGACUGAGAUCGCCCGACUGCAGAUGGAGCUCAUGGAGUACAGAACGGGGAAGCGUAUGGUCGGAGAGGAUGGGCUGGAAAGCAUCAACGACAUGUUCCAUGAGAACUCAAUGCUGCAGGUAGAGAACAAUAAUCUGCGCAUGCGCGUGAAGGCUAUGCAGGAAGCCAUCGAUGCUCAGGGUGCUCGGCUCACGCAGCUGCUCUGUGAACAGGCCAAUCAGGUGCUCUCCAGAGCAGGUGAAGGCAGUGAGGAGAUUGGAAAUAUGAUUCAGAAUUACAUCAAGGAGAUUGAGGAUCUGAGAGCCAAACUUCUGGAGAGUGAAGCAGUGAAUGAAAACCUGAGGAGAAACCUCACGCGAGCGUCCAGCCGUCCUCCGUUUUAUGGACCGUCUGGAACAUUCUCUCCGGCCCUGCUGGGGCCCGACCCGAGUCAAGAGACCUCCGACAUCAUUGAGAUCGCCAAGAAAGAUCUGGAGAAACUGAAGAGGAAGGAGAAGAAGAAAAAGAAGAGACUCCAGCAGCUGCUGAGUGACAAGAGAGAGGAGGAUGAGGAGGAAGAGGUGGAGGAAGACAGUGCUAACAAAGAUGAAACAAUUGACGGCGAACAGAAGAUUAGCGAGAGAGAGCAGUUAGAAUCCACCAAUCAAGAGCCAGAGAUGGAGGCCAGUGACCGUGAGGAAGGGGAUGGAGAGGAAGACGAGGAGGACGUUGAGGAAGAGGAAAUGGAUGCUGAGGAGAGCUCUGAUGAGUCUGACUCUGACCUGGAUGAGAAGGAGGACUUCCAGGCAGAUCUGGCCAACAUCACGUGUGAGAUUGCCAUCAAGCAGAAGCUGAUCGAUGAGCUUGAGAACAGUCAGAGACGUCUGCACACGCUCAAACAACAGUAUGAGCAGAAACUCAUGAUGCUGCAGUGCAAGAUCAGAGACACGCAGCUGGAGCGAGAUCGUGUGCUGCACAACAUGGGCUCUGUGGAGUCAUGCUCUGAGGACAAGAGCAAACGGAUAAAAGUAGAGUAUGAGAAGAAACUCAGUGUCAUGAACAAAGAGCUCCAGAAACUACAGGCGGCUCAGAAGGAACACGCUCGUCUACUGAAGAACCAGUCACAGUACGAGAAACAACUGAAGAAACUACAGCUGGAUCUGGCGGAAAUGAAGAAAACCAAAGUGCGUCUGAUGAAGCAGAUGAAGGAGCAGCAGGAGAAGAGCAGGAUGGCCGAAUCCCGCAGGAACCGAGAGAUCGCCACACUGAAGAAGGACCAGCGCAAACAGGAGCAUCAGCUAAAACUGCUUGAAGCUCAAAAGAGACAACAGGAACUUAUCCUGCGCAGGAAGACCGAGGAGGUGACCUCUCUGAGGAGACAGGUGCGACCCAUAUCAGGAAAGGUCGCACGAAAGAUGAACCUGCUGGAGACCAGCCAGGACUUCUCCCACAGACCACCUGCAGGUCGCUCAUACUCGGCCUCAGGAGCACCUAACGGAGCCAGAUUGUACCAUCGCAGGCCGGUUGGGGUGUACUUUACCCGAGUGGCUCGUGGGAAAUGGCAGAGUCUGGAACGCCGUGUCUCAGAUAUUAUCAUGCAACGCAUGACCAUUUCCAACAUGGAGACCGACAUGAAUCGUCUUCUAAAGCAACGUGAAGAGCUGACGCGCCGGCGGGAUAAGAUCGGCAGAAAGAGAGAGAGACUGCUGGCGGAAGAGCCGGAGGUAGAAAAAGACGUUCAGUCUCUGAAUGAGGAGCUGGAGUCUCUGCUGGCCAACAUCGACUACAUCAACGACAGCAUCUCUGACUGCCAGGCCAACAUCAUGCAGAUGGAGGAAGCCAAGGAGGAGGGCGAUGCUGUUGAUGUCUCUGCUGUGGUUGGUUCCUGCACUCUAUCUGAAGCUCGAUUCCUACUGGAUCAUUUUAUGUCCAUGGCCAUCAACAAGGGUCUGCAGGCUGCUCAGAAGGAAUCUCAGAUAAAGGUGUUGGAAGGGCGUCUCAAGCAAACUGAGAUCAACAGUGCCACCCAGAACCAGCUGCUCUUCCACAUGCUGAAAGAGAAGGCAGAGUUUAACCCGGAACUGGAUGCGUUGUUGGGGAACGCUCUGCAAGAACUAGGUAACAUGCCCUUGGAAAAUGGCGAUGACAGUAGUAGCGACGAGUCGACCCCAAGUCCUGCAGUAGAAGGAAACACCCUGGCCUCAGACCUCAUAAAGUUAUGCGGCGAGACUAAAUCUAGGACUAAGGCCCGAAGAAGGACCACUACUCAGAUGGAGUUACUUUAUGUAAAUAACUGUGACUCUGGCCCCGACACACCAACAAGAGACUUCUCCGUCCCGCUACACCCAAUGGCUGAGACAUCCGAGGGAGCUGCAGACCUGGAGUCAGCUGGAAAUACAGUCAGAGAUCGGGACUACAUGCUCCCUACUGUUGGCUUGUCCUCUAGAAUGGGUAGUAUUAGCAGCUCUGGCAACAGACUUCCAGCAGGUGGGCAAAAGAGAGUCCCGGAACCAUCCCCUCUGUCUCGCAGGAAGACUUAUGACAAGGGACAAGCCUUGGCUGACAAGGCCAAAGACAAAGAGAUCACACAAGGUGUCAUCAACCCUGUUCCUGUGUCGAAGAGCAGUCGUGGUGGCUCCCUGCAGUGUGUUCAUAUAGCCGAGGGUCACAGUAAAGCUGUACUGUGUGUCGACUCCACAGAUGACCUCCUCUUCACCGGGUCAAAAGACCGGACUUGUAAGGUGUGGAACCUGGUCACGGGACAGGAGAUCAUGUCUCUAGGUGGCCACCCCAACAAUGUGGUAUCUGUGCGUUACAGCUCCAGCUUGGUGUUCACAGUCUCCACCUCCUACAUCAAAGUCUGGGACAUCCGUGACUCUGCAAAGUGCAUCCGGACACUCACAUCGUCGGGUCUGGUGAACACUGGAGACACAUGUGCAGCCAGUACAAACCGCACCGUGACCAUCCCGGCUGGCGAGAACCAGAUCAACCAGAUCUUUCUGAACCCGUCUGGAACUGUUCUCUAUGUUGCCGCAGGCAACUCUGUUCGUGUGUGGGACCUGAGACGAUUUGUGUGUACGGGGAAACUGACGGGACAUCUGGGUCCGGUCAUGUGCUUGACUGUUGAUCAGACUGGAAAUGGACAGGAUCUAGUUAUCACAGGCUCCAAGGAUCACUACAUCAAGAUGUUUGAUGUGACAGAGGGUGCUGUGGGUAGUAUCAGCCCCACUCAUAACUUCGAGCCGCCUCACUACGAUGGCAUCGAGUCCCUGGUGGUUCAGGGAGAUUGUCUGUUUAGCGGCUCCAGAGACAACGGCAUUAAGAAAUGGGACCUGACCCGCAAGGACCUACUGCAGCAGGUACCCAACGCUCAUCGUGACUGGGUUUGUGCUUUGGGUGUCGUGCCGGCGUCUCCCAUGCUGCUGAGCGGCUGUAGAGGAGGAGUUCUCAAACUCUGGCACACGGACACCCUGAGUCCGCUCGGAGAACUCAGAGGCCACGAGAGCCCCAUCAACAGCAUCUCGACCAACAGCAGCCAUCUGUUUACCGCAUCAGAUGACCGCACAGUGAAGAUCUGGCGUGCCAGAGGAAGUCUGGAUGCCGCCGCAGAUGUGGCCGACGCGAUUGACGAAGGCGUCAGUAACUGAAGACUCCUUCAAUGCCAACUCAACUGCAGUGUUACCACGGUAACGCAGCUGCCAAAGACAUUUGCACUUUGACCCCACUAAUAAAAAAUGGAUAUCCAGUUGACAUCCACCACACACAUCCCGACAGAAUCUGCUCGAAUCGGAAUCUUCUCACUAUGGUUCGUUUGGACGUUUCCCAGAGUUCAUUGCGUCUUUAGUGAUGCCCCACAAUUAGGUGAAGUCAACGUCACAUGCUAUAAAUAAAGCUCUUUGUCCUUACAAUAACCCUGUCAGCUGGUUAAUUCUAACAAUCAAGAAGAUGGCAGUGAAAACAGUCAUGUUGAUGUAGAGUUCUGUAGGACGUUUGAGGAAGAGGAACCGGAUCUCCUGUAGCUGGCUUCAGUUUUCUGGUUCAUGGAGCAUUAUGAAGCGCUAGAGAGUCUAAGGACUAACUGGGUGAAUCUCACUAUAACAUAUCCAGGUCAUAGUUCACCUCAAAAUAUUACAAAAAGUAAUUUUGCAUGAAGGCUAUUUAAAUACAUUAAAAAAGACACAUUAAUAGGUUUUUUUUUUUUGUUUGUUUGUUUUUUGCAUUAUGCCAAUCAUGCGUAUUUUCCCCCACAAUUCUUAUUACUAUAAUAGAAAAGAAAAUCUAAUUGUCAUUACCUUGUGCAUAUCUAUCUAUCUAUCUAUCUGUCUAUCUGUCUGUCUGUCAAUACUGUAGAUAUGUAAUGGUAUGAAAUUUUGAAAUCACGAUUAUAGUGACCAAAAUUAUCACGGUUAUCAGUAUUAUUACGGUAUUGUUAAAAUGGAAAUUUCAAAAGUAACACAUAAAUUGUUUCACCAAGUUUUAUAUUUAAAAUCAACAAACAACAAAUGAAAAAUGGCAAAUGUUUCUGUAAAUCCAAACUCUGACACUAGGUGGCGCUUAUGGAGCAGCAGAAUUACAGCUGAUUCUCGUAACCUCUGUAGACAAAGCAGCAUUGCAAUUAAAAACACUACUUUAUUCGGUAUUACAAGAAGCAAAGAUGAAAACAAAAUGUCAUCAAAUCUUUUCUGAAGACAGUCAGAACCUUCAGAGGUACAUUCAUAUAAUUAACUCAUUCAUAUUCAUUUGUAUAAUUCCCUCAGCACUCUUUUAAAACCUCCCAGCUUCCGCCAUGUUUUCACACAAAACGAGACUACUCUGCGUGUUGUGCGCAUGUGAGACUCAUAUGUUAUUGAAAACUUUGCUUUAUGCUGAACAGUAUUUACUGUUCAUCCUCAGUUGUUCAAACUGUGGUAAUCGAAAACGGUUUAGUGAUCAUUAAAAUAUUAAACGGUAAUACUAACAGUGGGGAAUUUUAUCAUGAUUUAUCAUCAAACCAGUAAUUGUUCCAUCCCUAAUACAGUGGGGAAAAAAUAUUUGAUCCCCUGCUGAUUUUGUACGUUUGCCCACUGACAAAGAAAUGAUCAGUCUAUAAUUUUAAUGGUAGGUUUGUUUGAACAGUGAGAGACAGAAUAACAACAAGAAAAACACAUCUCAAAAAAGAUAUGAAUUGAUUUGCAUUUUAAUGAGUCAAAUAAGUAUUUGACCCCUUCGCAAAACAUGACUUAGUACUUGGUGGUAAAGCCCUUGUUGUCAGUCACAGAGGUCAGACGUUUCUUGUAGCUGGUCACCAGGUUUGCACACAUCUCAGGAGGGAUUUUGUCUCACUCCUCUUUACAGAUCCUCUCCAAGUCAUUAAGGUUUCGAGGCUGACGUUUGGCAACUCGAACCUUCAGCUCCCUCCACAGAUUUUCUAUGGGAUUAAGGUCUGGACACUGGCUCGGCCACUCCAGGACCUUCAUGUGCUUCUUCUUGAGCCACUCCUUUGUUGCCUUGGCCGUGUGUUUUGGGUCCUUGUUAUGCUGGAAUACCCAUCCACAACCCAUUUUCAAUGCCCUGGCUCUGACAGUACAUGGCCCCGUCCAUCGUCCCUUUGAUGCGGUGCAGUUGUCCUGCUCCCUUAGCAGAAAAAUACCAACAAAGCAUAAUGUUUCCGUCUCCAUGUUUGACGGUGGGGAUGGUGUUCUUGGGGUCAUAGGCAGCAUUCCUCCUCCUCCAAACACGGCGAGUUGAGUUGAUGCCAAAGAGCUGGAUUUUGGUCUCAUCUGACCACAACACUGUCACCCAGUUCUCCUCUGAAUUAUUGGCAAGCUUCAGACGGGCUGUACAUGUGCUUUCUUGAGCAGGGGGACAUUGUGGGUGCUGCAGGAUUUCAGUCCUUCACGGUGUAGUGUGUAACCAAUUGUUUUCUUGGUGACUAUGGUCCCAGCUGCCUUGAGAUCAUUGACAAGAUCCUCCCGUGUAGUUCUGGGCUGAUUCCUCACCGUUCUCACGAUCAUUGAAACUCCACGAGGUGAGAUCUUGCAUGGAGCCCCAGUCCGAGGGAGAUUGACAGUUAUUUUGUAUUUCUUCCAAUUGCGAAUAAUCGCACCAACUGUUGUCACCUUCUCACCGAGCUGCUUGGCGAUGGUCUUGUAGCCCAUUCCAGCCUUGUGUAGGUCUACAAUCUUGUCCCUGACAUCCUUGGACAGCUCUUUGGUCUCGGCCAUGCUGGAGAGUUUGGAAUCUGAUUGAUUGAUUUGCUUCUGUGGACAGGUGUCUUUUAUACAGGUUAUACACUCCCUUUAAGAGAGCGCUCCUAAUCUCAGCUCCUUACCUGUAUAAAAGACACCUGGGAGCCAGAAAUCUUGCUGAUUGAUAGGGGAUCAAAUACUUAUUUGACUCAUGAAAAUGCAAAUCAAUUUAUAACUUUUUUUGAAAUGAUGUUUUCUGGAUUGUUUUGUUGUUAUUCUGUCUCUCACGGUUAAAAUAAACCAACCAUUAAAAUUAUAGACUGAUCAUUUCUUUAUCAGUGGGUAAACAUACAAAAUCAGCAGGGGAUCAAUUUUUUUAUUUUUUUCCACUGUAUAUACACUUGUAUUUAUUAGAUAAUAAUAGUAGUAGUUUUAUUAUACCGUAAAUACUGUAUUGGUACUGUAUAACAAUCACCACUGAGAAUGAGAACUAAUCUAAUCUAGAAUAGGAAAUAAAUCUAAUCAUUAUUAAAAUUAUUUUGUACCAACUGCAGUCAAAAUUUUAAAUAGGAAAUCUCAAAACUGAGAUUGGAUGCUGCAAGCUUUAUUAUUUUUGCAGUGUUGUGUACUGUGUUGCGUGAGAUGUUAGUUGUUUAUUGGCCAGGCCAUGGUGUUCAAAACAAAUUUCCCAGCAAUGGGACAAUAAAGUAUAUUCUAUUCUGGAAUUGUGUCAAAUAUCCCAACCCAUUACAGUAAGUAAUUAACAUUUGAGGAGAAAAUGGGGGGGAAAGUUAUGAAAGUAAUUCCAAUAAUUCCAUUUUUUUUUUUUUUUUUUUUUGAGGUUGAACUAUGACCCUCUUUUUUUCUUUCUCUCUUUUCAACCAACUGGAAUCACCAUGACCUUAAGUGAGCUCAUGUUUGGUGUCAGUACGGCCACCGUUUAAUCAUUUGGUGACCAAAGUAAUAUCACAUAUUUACUCUCUCGGUGUACAGCAGCUCUGUGUCACACAUCUCUCUCCUCACACUCGUUCUGUGUUGCUGUCACUCCAUGAACCUCUUUCUCGCCGCUGUUCACUCAUGUGUAUUGGGUCCGUGUAGCAUUCAGAUAAACACACUAGAUACUGUUGUGUAUAUUUAUCUCCUGUAUGGAGCCGUGAGAGGAGAAUAACUCGUGCCUGUGCUCAUCUCUGUAGAGCAGUGCUUCUCCCACACCUCCACUAAAUGUGCUAGUUUACAUGUCAGACUGUCCCACAGCAUUGUGCUCGGUCAAAUAAACAUAUGAAGACUGACUUGAACGCUUUUGUAAGCCGUUGUUUAAUGCUCUUAGUUCUCCAGCCACGCUUUGGCUUUCUGUAUCGAUGACGUGUGAGAUUUACUCUGGAGGUUUGGUUGUCAACACAAUGGCGACCCAAUAGUGAUUUGAAUGUCAGAUGUCAAAUGAAUUAAAUGUCAUCUGUCAAAAAC